AUGUCGGCUCCCACCAGCUUCUCCCCAGUGAAACCACAAGGCUGCAACGUCGCUUCCUGGCUUCGGCGGCGGGAAACUAGGCCCACAAACAGACGUGAACGGAGACAGGUCUUCAAGGCUAUCCACCCGACCACCACUCUCUACGAGGUGGAAUUGCCCAAUAUUGUGCUGCGAAAGUUCUCACCGGACGGAAAGAAACUGAUAGCGUUCACACAGAACGGCAAUGCCGUGGAAGCAUAUGACUACGAACCUGAAAAAGUGCACGCCGCCGCGGCAGUGGUGGGAAAAUCGGUGGAGGCCUUCGAUACGGUGUUUGAUCGGCGGUGGGAAACCACGCUUACUACUUCGCGGGAAUCGCUUUGUUUGGAUUUCUUGCUGUUUACUAAGACGCAGAAACACAUAAUUGUCGUUACAAGCUGUCCUUCCACAUCGACGGAUCCGACUCCGCAGUCGCCCGCAACUCUCUCAGGCCUGUCCAUUUUGGAAGACGUUACCUUUUGGAUUCUGGAUGUAGAGACUGGCAAAGUCACGGACUUUCGGAGGCUCUGUGCCGAGUACAUCAUGCUCAAGAACCACGCUGGCGUGCACUUGAGGCGUGACACACUCGGUAUCGUCUCAGUCAAGCAUCAGUGCAUCUACCUUCUACAUAUCAAGGACAAUGGCAAGUUCGGUGGCAUCCGCAACAUCGGUUGGUAUGUCAAUGAAACCGACGAGAUACUUCAAGCAAAAUAUCGGAAUGCUGAACAGCAGCACACGAAACGGCGGAAAACCGGCCUCUCAAGACGUGUUGACUCUGGGUUCUGCGACGAGAUGUACGAUGCACUGCCGCGGAAGAUCGCGUCAUCGGACAACGCCGGGCCCGCACCCUCAACGCCGUCGAUCUCGGUGGGUCCUCCGGCGCUCCGCAACGGCAAGAGUGUCGAAGCAAAAACGCCGCAGACACCGUCUUGGAAGUUCAUGGAUCUGCCUAGCGAGUGGAAAUCUGACGACUUUCCGUUGAGCGGACUGAAACAUCGCAUUCUGGCAUUCUCAUAUCUCGAAGCGCGCAACAACAAGAGCUCUGGUCACAUGCACAACUUCCAUCAAAGCUUCACUACACUUAGCAAACUGGUCAUGUCUCGGAUGCAAUUCCUGUCAGACGACCAGGUGUUGAUCAAGUUCGGCGCACCUGUCAUCACACCUGGAACGCGUCCCGACAAUGCCAACCUAUCUCGCGGUUGCCUCUACGUGGUCUACUGCAUCUCGAGCGCGACCGUGCUGGGAAUCUACGAGCAAGCUUCCGAGCGGCUGUACGCCAUGCUGCAAAACGUACCCGAACUGUUUGGAGCGCCGAAUCCUUUCGCUCAACCGUACAUCACCCACCCGUGUGACAGCCUGAUGGCCAGGGAAGCACUUCGCAAGCAGUUUGCAGCUGUUAAGAAGGCUAAGAAUGGAGGACCAGCGGAAGCCCUGAAACGCGCCUCAGGCCCGCUUCCCUACAACAACCAAUGCUUCAUCGAAUCGCCCUACCUCGACCAAGACAGCUUUAGCUACGACACCCGCCUCGUAAACAACUACGACCGUCCGCGUCCAGCCGGAGAAUUCCCUGCCAAAUUCUUUGACAGAGCUAGCGGACGACUCAAGUUCAAACUCGACUCGGAUGAACGGAACGCGGGGCGGUGGGGAUGGAAUAUCAAACGCUACGUCGUAUACAUAUUCCACCCAACAGACCCCUUCAUCAUCUCUAUCCAGCACAGAUCCACAAACCUCCGCCCCAUCGUCAACUUCCACGUGCGCUCCACACAAAUCGUCUGA